AUGGGGAAGGCAAAGGGCAAGGGCCCUAAAUUCGCGGCAGUGAAGAAGAUUAUCACUAAGAAAACCAUCAACAAGUACAAGGAGGAUGUUCUGAACCACAAGAAGAAGGACGCGGAUAAGGAGAAGCUCGGCCGGAAUGUACCGCAGGUUUCGUCGGCGUUGUUCUUCAGCUACAACACGGCGCUGGGGCCGCCGUACCGGGUGAUUGUGGAUACCAACUUCAUCAACUUCUCCAUACAGAAUAAGCUGGAUUUGGAGAAGGGAAUGAUGGAUUGCCUUUAUGCAAAAUGUACCCCGUGUAUCACUGACUGCGUUAUGGCUGAGCUUGAAAAGCUGGGACAGAAGUAUCGUGUGGCCUUGAGAAUCGCCAAGGACCCUAGGUUCCAAAGAUUGGCAUGCACACACAAGGGAACUUAUGCUGAUGACUGCAUCGUGGAGAGGGUCACUCAGCACAAAUGCUACAUAGUUGCUACUUGUGAUAGAGAUUUGAAAAGGAGGAUAAGAAAGGUUCCUGGUGUUCCAAUCAUGUACAUCACAAGACACAGGUAUUCGAUAGAACGGCUCCCUGAGGCCACAAUUGGUGGAGCGCCGUCGUUACGGUACUUCCUCGCGCUGCUAUUAGCAGCUAGCAUCCCAGAUGAGCAUGAGGCCAAGAACAAGGACGGCGUCGACGAGCACGGUAGAGACCGCGCGGGGCACGCACGCGUUCAAGGUGGACAGGUACAGCCUGCACAGGGGCCUCGGCAUCGGCAGCUUCUCGUCAGGUCCUCCACCUUCGGCGUCGGCGGCUACGACUGGUCCAUCCGCUUCUACCCCGACGGGUUGCAAUCGUCGGCGGACUACGCGGCAGCCUUCCUCGAGCUCAUGAGCACCGACGUCGCCGAGGUGAUGGCAAGCUUCGACUUGAGGUUGGUCGACCAGGCCACCGUACAGUCCACGGUUUUGCUCCACCAGGGUCCCAAGGCUUUCACCUCCGACGUCACCAAGAACCCGUCUGCGGUUUCUGCAUGGGGCUUGCCCAAGCUCAAGAAGAGGAGCGAGCUGGAAGCGUCGUCGUCGACGUUCCUGCGCGAUGAUUGCCUGAAGACCGCCGCCGCCAUUAGCCCCGGCUUCGAGGUCGUCGUUCGAGUGCCGCCCUCGGACCUGUCGGACAACCUACGGAGGCUGCUGCAGGAGAAACAAGGCGCCGAUGUGACCUUCAAGGUCCAAGACGAGGUCUUCCCUGCCCACAAGAUCAUACUCGCGAUGCGGUCGCCGGUGUUCAGCGCCGAGUUCUUUGGGCCGGUGGCUGUGGCGGCUGAGAGCACAAGUCAGUGUGUGACCAUCGAGGACAUGCACCCGGACGUCUUUGGAGCGCUCCUUCACUUCGUCUACACGGACACGAUGCCCGCAAUGGACGAGCUCGACGCCGGUGAGAGGAAGGAGAUGCUCAGGCACCUGCUUGUGGCUGCGGAUAGGUACGCCAUGGAGAGGCUGAAGCUGAUGUGCGAGGCCAGUCUCUGCGAGAGCAUUGGCGUCGAGGAUGUGGCUGACAUGGCAGCUUUAGCCGAUCGGCAUCGCUGCGAGGCUCUCGGCCAUGCCUGCGCUGAGUUUAUCGCCUCGUCGAACGAGAACGAGAUGCAGAGGUGUACGAGGUAG